AUGGAAUGGUACUGCGCGAUUAUCGAGCACCUCCUCAACAAGGAUGACAUAGAGCCGGGUGAAAGGUCUUAUGCGUCUGUUAUUGUUCAGCUCAGAGGCAGGACGAUCGCACUCUAUCAGGCUCUUCUCUCGUACCAGAUGAGAAGUACGUGCUCAUUUUUCCGAAACAAGGGGCUGAACUUCCUUAGUGGUUUGAUCAUUCUGGAUGACUGGGAGGGUCAGCUUCAGGGUGUCAAAAAUGCCGAGGAGAGUUUAAUUCAAGACUCGAAUAGGUACAACCAAGACCACGCACGGGAUUCCCUGGGGAGGAUUUUCCGCACUGGUGAAGCGACUCAAAAAACACUUGGGAGCAUAAACCAAACCCUACAAGACUACAUUGCUGCCCAGAAAAAUAGUCAGACAGACAGUGAACGAAAUUGUUGUCUUCGAGCGCUCCGUGUAGUUGAUCCAAAGGAUACAAUCGCGAAGAUCGAAGGAAUCAGAGACGAGGUUCUUUGGGAGGCAUACAGCUGGAUCCUGCGCACUCAUGAGUACCAACGCUUCGUCGAAUGGACCGACAAGCAGCAAGGCCGCGUUCUAUGGAUUCAUGGGCCUGCUUGA